AAUUAGAAGCCGUCGAUGAAUCCGCUGCUUGGCGAAGCAGCGGCCGCGUCGGUGCUCUUCCUCCCUUCUCCCUCUUCCGCCGCCGCUUCCCCUCCUCAACUCUCCACCAUUUCCUUCGUGAUCCGUCGCAUCUUGCUAAUUCCGGCUUCUCGGAAUCUCCUCCGGCCCAGAGGCUUUGUGAACGACCUGUUCAUGGAUAUCCCUGAAUCCCAUUCAAUGGAAUGCGAGUUCUCCACCGGGGAUUUUGAUAAUGAUCGCGUUCCAUCUUAUAAAUCUUCUGCUGGUUCUGGUGUUAAAGCGAGCUUAUCUUCAACCGGUAAUGUGCAUGAACUUCUUGAAUGCCCAGUGUGCACAAAUUCUAUGUACCCUCCCAUACAUCAGUGUCCCAACGGCCACACUCUCUGUUUGAACUGCAAAGCGAGAGUACAAAACCAUUGCCCCACUUGUCGUCAAGAGUUAGGGAACAUCAGAUGCCUGGCUCUUGAGAAAGUUGCUGAGUCGUUGGAGUUACCAUGCCGACAUCAGAACCUUGGCUGCUCCGAGAUUCAUCCAUAUUAUAGCAAAUUGAAACACGAACAGCUUUGCAGGUUCAGACCCUACAAUUGCCCUUAUGCAGGCUCCGAAUGCCUGGUCAGUGGUGACAUUCCAAUGCUCGUUGCCCACUUGAAAAAUGAUCAUAAGGUGGAUAUGCAUGAUGGGUGCACAUUCAAUCAUCGAUAUGUCAAAUCAAAUCCUAACGAAGUCGAAAAUGCAACUUGGAUGCUCACUGUUUUCAGUUGCUAUGGCCAUUAUUUCUGCCUUCAUUUCGAGCCAUUCCUCCUCGGAAUGACUCCUGUGUACAUGGCAUUCCUAAGGUUUCUUGGCGAAGACAGUGAAACGAGGCAGUUCGGCUACAGCUUAGAAGUUGGCGGCAAUGACCGAAAACUCACAUGGCAAGGUGUUCCCAGGAGCAUAAGGGAUAAUCACAGGAAAGUUCGUGACAGCUACGACGGGCUGAUCAUCCAUCGGAACAUGGCUCUCUUCUUCUCUGGCGGUAGCCAGCAAGAGCUGAAGCUACGAGUGACGGGCCGCAUAUGGAAAGAACAAUAAAACCCCAUAGAUAUCUGUGGAUUCAAAGUCGUAGAAUUUAUGGCCAAGUGUUUCAACUUUGAUGAUUUAGCAUCUUCCUUUUUCUUCGAAUGUACUUUAGGUUUACAAUCGAUUCAUGCAAUCUAGAACCGUUAGUUCAUAGCAAUUUUUAGUUAAAUUUUCAUAAUACUAUCAAAAA